UCCUUGCUUCAACAUCCCCCCCCCCAGUACAGUAAUAGUCGUAUAAAGACAACUGUCACAAGCGUAAAGAGAAAGAAUGCCCGGGAUUCCGUACUCUUUGGCAUCUCUUACCAUUCGUCUCGCUACUCAAGAGGAGAAAAUCAAAGCAAGUAGAGGCUCGUUUCAUUCCUCGGGGAGGGGAAUGACGCUUGAAAGAUAUCUGAAUCGGGAUGCUGUGAUGGAGACGCUUGAGACUGCAACGAAUGGCAGAUUCAACGCUUGGUAAGUUGGAGCAUAAAUUUGGCCGCUCACUAUACUACUUUACUAUUACUAUUAUUAUUCUUUCUUAUCUAGGGUUUUGGCCCCGAGGGAUGGAAAAGCAG